AUGCACUACUGGAGCCUCGAGAGCAUGCACGCUCGGCGCGUCGAGUCCUCUGCGUCUCUGCGCAGGGCACGAGCGCGCAUUGGAAGUGGAAUAGCCGCGCUUCCACCGGCACAACCUCUGUGUGCCGCUCCGGCCGUGUUCGGAGCCAGUCCCGUCUGCGAAUGCUCGCAUGCAAGUCAGAGCCAAAGCUCAUCACUGAUCGAUCCUAGCCAGAGUCAAAAGGAAAGCGGGCCAAAAGCAGGACGACGACUGGGAAAGCGGAUGGAAGGUGGGAAUUUUCGAGCCAGGCUUCAUUCCAAGCCCCGAGCGAGCGUGUUUUACCUCGAAAGCCCACGCAGCAACGCACGCACGCAUGCACCCUCGCGGCUCGACCGAAGCUCGAGAGGGGAAGGGGGAAAGGUCGCGUUGCAACACGCGUCGGGCACGAGCAGCGCAACGCCCGAAAGAGGUGGCCCUCAAGGCGAGCUUUUGAAGAGUAGUGACGGGCCGCGCGUUGGCAUUCGUCCUGGCAGCACCCCCCUCCCUCGUCCGCUUUCCUCUUUCGCUCCACCACCACCAUUCCAACUUUUUACCCUCCUCAUCCAACCCCAAAUCAACUUUUACGACAUGCCUCCCAAGAAGACCGGAGCUGCGGGUGCCAAGAAGGGCAAGACGUCGGCGUACAACAAGUACAUGAAGGACCAGCUCGCCGUGCUCAAGACCGAGAAGCCCAGCCUGUCGCACAAGGAGCGCUUCAAGCUCGCCGCCACCUCCUGGGCCUCGUCCAAGGAGAACCCCAAGAACAAGGCCUAG